AUGCCGUACGAAUCAACCAUAACAUUUACUCUCGACACAAUAUGUCCCUGGACAUACAUCGCCUUUGUCCGCCUCAAUAAAGCCCUCGACGCCUAUCGCUCAGCUAAUCCAGACUCCCCCGCCAAAUUUACCCUCAAGCUCGCCCCAUACCAACUCUACCCAGAUUUCUACGAAGACGGCGUCGACAGAUACGAGUGGCAAAAAGAGAAAAAGUACAAUGGGAGCGACGAGAAAAUGAAGGCGUACGCGCAUUACAUGGGCCUGACGGGGAAAGCAGAGGGUAUAACGUUUGAUUUCGAGGGCGGUCCCAUUAGCAAUACGCUGCAUGCACACCGUAUGUUGUACUGGUUGCAGAACAACAAGGGACCUGAUGCUGCAGUGAAAGCAGUGCGUAAUCUGUACAAUCAGUAUUUUGAACAUAGGGCUGAUCCCGCGGGUCGCGAGACGCUGGAGAAGGCGUGUGUGGCUGCUGGGCUGAGUGAGGAUGAGGCGAAGAAGUUGGUGGGGGAUCAGGAGGAAGGAUUGCGUGAGGUUAAAGCGGCGGUUAUGGAACAGGCGGGGAAUGGGGUGGAUAGUGUUCCGUAUGUUGUGUUUGAGGGGAGGAAGAGGGAUUUUACACAUGUUGGGGCGAGGAGUGUGGAGGAGUAUGUUAAGGUGCUUGUGCAGGUUGAGAAAGAGUGUGCUUGA